ACGUGGUUUCUUCAAGCAGCCUUACGGGCGCACCACUUCCUCUCACGUUUGGACUCCUGCACACUCUUUCAGUCCGGGACCGGGAUACACCCUCACCUCGGCAUCCCUCCCAACUACCAGAAACAUCAGAAGACACCUUUUUUCUCUCCGGCUCUUCCAACUCCUCCUCGCAUUCCCCGCUCGCAGCAAAGUUCAUUCCCUCUUUGUGCUGCAGCAUCUGAAGUUACCUGCGCGGUCGGAGAUCGUCUGUAGAGCAGAGAGUCACGGAUGGAGCUCUGACAUUUCUCACUCAUCCGACGCAAACAGUGGAUAUCUCGUAGGGAUACUCGCAGAUCCAAGGUGCGCUCACGGGGAGCUUUUGGUCAGAUGCCACUGCGAUGCUGUGGAUGUAACUUCACGCAACAGCCCGACCACGGUAGAGUCCUGUGAAGCACAAUGAAAGACGACUUUGCUGAUGAGGAGGAGGUGCAGUCCUUUGGUUAUAAGAGGUUUGGAAUUCAGGAGGGUACGGAGUGCACCAAGUGUAAAAAUGACUGGGCACUGCGGGCGGCUAUUGCACUGCUCUAUGUGCUCUGUGCCCUGCUCACCAUAGCGGUGGCUGUCCUCGGAUACAAAGUGGUCCAGCGAAUGGACAAUGUCACAGAGGGCAUGCAGAAUUAUGGAGGCAAGAUCAAUGCUGUGGAGACAGACUUAAAGAAACUAGAUGAUCAGGCAGGAGAGAAGUCAGUUAAUGCCACAACUGAAAUCAAGACUUUCAAGUCAGAUCUGGAGGCAUUACAGAACCAGCUGAAUGAUAUUGCCCUCAGGGCAACCAGAAACAGAGACAUGCUGGAUGAUCUGCAGAUCACAGGAGAUGACAUGCAAAACGGCCACAUCUCCCUGCAGAGCUUUCUGGAAGACCACACUGCCUCGCUGCGUGGGGUCAACCAGACCUUGGCUUCCUACAGCGGCAUGAUUGACAACCUCCAGACAGACACUGCACGGCUCCAGACAGAGAUACAGGGCCAGGUCAAAGUGCAGAGCCAGACCCAGGUUAGUGUCAGUGCACUAAACAUCACCCAGUCCCAGCAGCGUAAUCUGCUCGGCACGCUGCAGAAGACGGUGGAAGACACAGGCCAGGCAGUACAGAAACUGAAGAAUGACUAUCAGGGUCUGCAGCAGACAGCCAGGCAGACACGAGCUGACACAGAGUGGCUGAAGGAAAAGGUCCAGAACCUGCAGGUUUUGGCAGCCAACAACUCUGCUCUAGCCCGGUCCAAUGGAGAAGCUCUGGAUGACUUGGGGGUUCAGCUCAGCACACUAGCCAACCAGAUCCAGAACAUCUCAGCUCUCACUGAGGGGCAUGACCAGAGCCUGCGUGAGCUGAUGGACCACCAGAGAGACCACGAUAACGCCACCUCAUCUACGUUUGACAAGGUGGAAGCACGACUCGACCGACAUGAGAACGACAUGGACCGCGUGACCGGAAACGUGAGCUUUGCCACGCAGCUCCUAGGCGCCAUCAGCUCCGACCUGAACGGCCUGAGGUCCUGCGCUGAGACGGUGAUGAGACACUCGGACCUGCUCCUGGGCCUGAACAAUAGUGUGACGGAAGCCAAGGCAGAUAGCAAUGAGCUGCGCACCCAGCAAGAUGAGCUGACCGCCAGGCUGGACAGAGAGGUCAGCAGCCUCUCUAUGGUGAUGGAGGAGAUGAAGCUGGUGGAUAGCAAGCACUCACAGCUCAUCACCAACUUCACCAUCCUGCAGGGUCCACCAGGUCCAAGAGGCUCCAAGGGUGACAAGGGUCCCCAGGGACCUGUUGGCCAGACAGGACAAAAGGGUGAUAAAGGAGAUAAAGGGAUGCCAGGGUUGGUGGGACCUAAAGGAGAGAAAGGUGCUGCUGGACCACCAGGUGCGACAGGGCCAAAAGGUGCAGCUGGGGCUCGAGGUCUUCCAGGUGCUAAAGGGUCGAGAGGAUCUGGAGGUCGACCUGGAAACCCUGGUGAAAAAGGUGACCCUGGAACUUCGGGGCUUCCUGGUCGUGAUGGACAGCCAGGGGUGCCAGGUCCCCAAGGGCCACAGGGUCCCAGAGGAGCAGCAGGACCUGCAGGGUUGGAGGGACCUCGUGGGCUUGUUGGACCCAUCGGCCCUCCUGGUCCUCCGGGGCUUCCAGGGUUACCUGCGCCUGUACCUCCGCCACUUUCUAAGCCUCCUCAGUCCACACAGGUCCCUGAACCGGCCAAACCACCUCAACCUCCCAAACCAGCACAGGAACCACAAGGUUCUGUGUCCCGGCAGGUCCAACCCCCUGUGGCCACCACUCCAGCACCUGGGUGCCCACCUGAGUUCAGAAGGUUUGGAGACAGCUGCUAUUACUUCUCCUCUGGUUCUCAGAGGCUCAACUUUGACGAGUCCAUCCUGUUUUGUACCAACAUGUCAUCUCAUAUGCUCAUUAUUAAUGACAUUGAGGAACAGCAAUUUGUGAGAAAUGCAAUUGCAGGAAAAGGCUAUUUCUGGCUGGGCCUUACUGACAGGGAGGAGGAGAAUGUCUGGAAAUGGAUGGAUGGAACUGUUCCUCUUUUUACGAAGUGGAAGCCUGGCCAGCCUGACAACUGGACUCAUGGCCACGAAGAGGGCGAGGACUGUGCUGGUCUUAUUCAUAAUGCCAACUGGAAUGAUUUCUACUGCACUGACCGCAUCGCAAUGCCUCUCUUCACGACAAACCCAUUUGACCAAGAUGUUGAGAAAGCGACCAGUGAGAUGAACACAGCUGAGGACUGGGGCCUCAUUCUGGACAUAUGUGAUAAGAUAGGGCAGUCACGCACUGGGCCUAAAGAAUGUCUCCGCUCUAUAAUGAGAAGAGUGAACCACAAGGAUCCCCAUGUAGCCAUGCAGGCACUGACUCUUCUUGGUGCUUGCGUCUCCAACUGUGGGAAGAUAUUUCACUUGGAGGUGUGCUCCAGAGAGUUUGCAAGUGAAGUCAGUAACGUCUUGAACAAGGGCCACCCUAAAGUGUGUGAGAAGCUCAAAGCCCUGAUGGUGGAGUGGGCCGAGGACUUCCGCAACGAUCCCCAACUCAGCCUGAUCUCAGCUAUGAUCAAGAAUCUGCGCGAGCAGGGUGUCACUUUCCCAGCUGUAGGGUCCCAGGCUGCUGAGCAAGCAAAAGCAAGCCCUGCUUUGGUGGCAAAGGAUCCCUCCACCUCAACAAACAAAAAAGAAGAAGAAGACUUGGCCAAAGCUAUUGAGCUGUCGCUGAAGGAGCAACGCCAGCAGCCGCAGACCAACCUGUCGAGCCUUUACCCGAGCACCUCCGGCCUACUCUCCUCACACAAGUCCGACGGCAGGAAAGUCCGCGCCAUCUACGACUUUGAGGCCGCUGAGGACAAUGAGCUCACCUUCAAGUCAGGAGAAAUCAUCACCAUCCUGGAUGAUAGUGACCCCAACUGGUGGAAAGGGGAGACAUACCAGGGAGUGGGGUUGUUCCCCUCCAACUUUGUCACAGCUGACCUCACUGCAGAGCCUGAGAUGAUGAAGACAGAGAAGAAGACGGUACAGUUCAGUGAGGACAUCCAGGUGGAGACCAUCGAGCCAGAACAAGAGCCUGUAUAUAUAGAUGAGGACAAAAUGGACCAGCUGCUGCAGAUGAUCCAGAGUGCAGAUCCCACAGACAACCAGUCAGACAGCGUAGAGCUACUACAGUUGGAAGGAGCCUGCAAUCAAAUGGGCCCCCUCAUUGACCAGAAGUUGGAGGAUAUAGACAGGAAGCACUCGGAGCUGUCAGAGCUGAACGUGAAAGUGAUGGAAGCUCUGUCUUUGUAUGCCAAGCUAAUGAAUGAAGAUCCUGUUUACGCCAUGUACGCCAAGCUGCAGAGCCAACAGUACUACAUGCAGCAGCCUGCCGGCGCAGCACAACAGGUCUACCCUGGUCAGCCUGCAUCCGGUUCAUAUGCCAUGAGCGGCACUGCAGUGCAGGGUUACACUGUUCCCAUGGAGCAGCUUCCAGCUGGAACCCCCAUACCUGGUCAGCCAGCUCCCAGUGACAUGCAUAUGUACAUGGGCCAGCCGCCAGUCUACACUGCAGCUCCAGGCAGCAUGGCCCCUGCAGACGUUCAGUCCUACCAGAACCCAGCCACCGCCUCUGGCCCCGCACCAGGCACGACCCCCGCAGGCAUGACGCAGACGGCAAACUACAGCACCCCCCCUGGCUCGAGCAUAGCACCUUCCUCAGACAUCUCACAAGCACCCUACUCAGAGAAAGCGUUGCUAUAGGGCCCCCUGAGCUCACUGUAAUCCUCACGCAUACACACACACACACACACACACACACCAGACCUGAUCAAACAGUGGUCGUAGAUAAUUUCUUUUAUUAUGUUUUAUAAUAAGUUUUAUCAUGGAGCGCCAGUUGGAUGGAAAAAUUCUAAUAGAGUAGACUAACCUUGACAUUUGACACUCUUAAAUAUGACUACAGUUACACUUCUCACUCCAGGUUCAGAAGUGAUCAUGAGGGUUUGAUUUGAAGAGCUCACACUAAGUCAUCUGAAAAUGGACAUUCUGUGUUAUUUUAGGGCUGCAUUUCAUAAGUUAUUAUUCUGCAUUGACGCUCUCCUUCAUGACGCAGAUGUGAAGACACGAAGGGGCUUUCAGUUGCACUUUGAUCUUCAGUUGCACUUAUUUAAGUGUUGGUCAUCAUUCAGGCCCGAUCAUUUCCAAAUCUAGAUCUGAUAGAGACCGGACAUUUAUGGCUUCCUUAUUAUGAUAGGACUAUCGAAAAGCUGUGGUAAUGCUUUAUUUUAUGUGUCCGUAAUUUGUAAAUGAUACCCUAGAAGGUUUCCUGGAAAGAACUGCAUAAUUUGGUAGCAAAUGUUAUUAUAGGGGAAAUGAGGGGAAGUUCUUUUAGUUAGGCUUUAGGUGAAUAUAGAAGCAGUUGUUGAUUUCCAAAGGAAUCUUAUUCAAAGAAUAAAGAAUGGCUUCAUUUAAACCUAAGUAAAUAUUCAUUAAUUAGUCAUUUAUUUGUGGAAACUUUUUUCUUGAUACUCAUAUUUUUGCUUAUACUAGAAAAUUAUUUCAAUUAAUUGAUUGGAAUUAAAUUGAACAGUUUAUCUGCAGUGUUUUUAUGUAUAAUUAGUAUCAAAUUCCAUUUUUUUUCCUGGAAACAUUCUAGGAAAGGAUGAAGAAAUUACAGACCCGUUAAAUGAAGUGUUACCAAUGUUCCUUUGAGAAAACAAGUGUAACUAGCUUCAAUCUCACCACAAAACAUAAAUGCAAUUACUAUUUGAUCAAGUGUGUAACACGCACAGCCAUGCCUUCACACCAUCCCUCCACAUGCACACUGGAGCUACACACACUCACACACACAUAUGAUAAACACACUACAGGCAGGUGUACAGCAGUGGACACACACACACACACAGUUGUAUCAGUUGGUUCACACACCCUUAGCGGUGUGUGAUAAUUUACCUUCACUCACACACUAACAUUAGGAGAAAUCCACAGUGUACCACAGCCUUCUCACCCACUCACAGCAACUGCUAAUCAUUUCACAAAAAAGGGCAGGAGUCGAUUUACAUUUACCUUUGUUUUUGAUUUUUUUUAGCAGAAAAAGGACUUUUAGCGAUGCUCAAAACAUUAGGCUACUACAUCCUGUAUUGGUCGUCAACCUUUAGAAGUACUGAAAACUGAAGCCACUUUGUUUUUUUCGGAGGAAAAAGAAACCAGAGGAAUUUAAGCAUGCACAUGACUCUUGUAUAUACUGUACUGAACUAGUAGUGAAGCCACAUGACGACCUCAUGGGUGGGCUGUAUGUUAGCACAGCUCCGGGUGUUUCUCUCAGCCUUAAAGGUGAACUCUGCAGCCACGAUGUCCCUGCUGAAUUCAAGGUGUAAAAGCCAAAGAGAACAAAGCGAAACGACGCUCACAUGCCAGACAACGAGAUAUUUUUCUUUCUUCUUAUCACGAUUGACUCCUUACUUCACACUGCAGAGUUUUCCUUUUCUAAGUGAGCAGCUCUAGAUCCGUGUCGGUGGAUGUAGGGUUUGCUCAGCCUCCAUUCAGGGGCUGUACUAACAGACUGGUACCACAGACUUGGCUACUAAGGGCCGGACUCUGAACCGCCCCAUCGUCUUUAAAGCAUCUCUUUAGUCAGUGUUAAAAAAAUGAAGACUAUGUUUUUUGUAGUGCAUUUUAAUUUAUGUUUUGAUUAUUGUUAUGCUAUUUUAAAUGGAGAAGCAGUGCAGGAUGUAUGUAUUCAGAGAAAAGUGGAAUAUGUGAUAUUCUGCCUAACUUAGUUGUAUAUUUAAAUUGCUCACAUGAGAACAUGGACAUUUCUCUCUGUGUUUGAUACAUGCUUAUUGUACUGUAGGGUCAAACGGUAAUGUGAAAAACUGAUCAGACCUCCCCGUGCAUUUCACACCUGUCCUCUCUCAGAGCUGUCUAACACUAAAACAAAUUCUACCUGAAGCUGGACUGAAGUGAGGCUCCUGUGAUUCUGAAGGUACAGUCAGGAUUUGUAAACACCUCUUUCACAAGGUCUCCCUGAGCUCUCAGUUACAGUGACGAGAUCAAAUAUUGUACAAAGUCUACUUCUCAUGGCGUACUUUCCAUUCUGCUACAUGUUAAGUCUGAGGGAAAGAGCUGAUGUUUACAAAUACUGAUUGAAUUGCAUAAAGCUGAUGAAACCGCAAAAUAAUUUAUCUGUGUAAUAUUGACUGAUGCUACAUGAAGGAAACACAAAUCAGUUUUAAAUAUGUUGAACUACAUUUUCCAAUUGCAGGGCAAAUUGGUGUGUUGAUCUGAUCUGUGAAUUUGCGUCAACCUCUCUCGCGAUACAACGUUUCAAAUGUGCUGCUCCUCGUCAUCCCUGUGCUGCCUCGAGAGUAUAAAACAACCCACAACUUCAGCUCAGUACCUGGGACUUUGCAAACACAGGUCAUUUUGAUUUUUAGCGUUAAUACAGUUGAUUCAAAGGCGAGAAAUCCCUUUCCUCCUAAAUGCAAGAGUGAAAGUAGUGUUAAUCUGUGGGAUCAAAGAGGGCUGAAAAUAUCAAACAGGAGAAGUAGCAGCUAUUCUGGGACCAAGGGACCAGGAGCCAGUUAAUCAUCACGCAUCAUCCAAGUGUAACAUCUUGUUGCACCACAGUGUUGGACUGCAGCCCCGAUGUAACUUCAUAGAACAGGAUGAGAUGCUGCCUGUUUUUAAGUUUUAAAAACAUCUUUAUUGUAAAACUUCUGUCUAAACUUGUACCCUGCUGUUUGUAUGUAUUCUUUUAACCAUACUUAUUAAUUGGUAUUCACAAUAAAAACCAGGCCAAA